CCUCGCCCUGUACGCAUAAUAUUGUCGACGUCUUCGCACAUUGAACACCGUGCGCUGCAUUCUUGCGUUUGCGGCGACCUCGACGGCUUCCGCCCGCGCGGUGACUGACCGAGCAACCAUCCGCCUUGCAGUGCGAGCGACCUCGACCAAAAGAUUGACCACAACCACGCCGCACCCGCCUCCCUCCUCCACGCACGCAGACCGCGGCGAGGAUGGCAGGCGGUAGGUACACGGUAGAGCAGCUGGAGAACUUGCGCGAGUCCCCGCUCGUCAAGAAGCCAGAUGCACUUCCCUCGAUUGAGCAAUGGAUGGACGUACCGAACGACCACAGCAACAACAACAACGCCAACAAUGCAGGUAGCACGACGAAUCGCAGGACGCGUGCGAACCGAGAGGGCGACGCAGGCGUGGCCGGCGGCGAGCACCGCUCGGAGCGACCGUUGCUUGGUGCCAUGGGCCAGUUUGGCCGGCGUGCGAGUACGCAACACGGCGACGAACCAGUGAUUGGCGGCCCUCCGAAACUCAAUUUUGCUUCCGCGACUCGUUCGAAACCUGGCCAGUCAAAAGAGGCCACCGGCAUCACUUCGAUUGACGGAGAACACACGGGCGACCGCUUCCCGCGAAAUGACCGCUGGAGGGACGGAGACCGCACCACGACUCGUGACAAGGAUUUCCCUAAUGGACGCCGUGCUCGACGUGAAGAGGGCGAGGGCUGGCAAAAGACACCUGGACGCAAGAGCCUGGGCCAGGAGGAUUUCGAUCGAGGCUUUGGUCGCAACGGCGAACGCGACCGAAAAGAUGUAGAUGCCGAAAACGGAGACGGGCCACGCCGACGGGGCGAUCGCUGGGGUCGCCGCGACGAGACCAAGGAAAAUGAAGGUGGGAAAUUCGGCACGACUGCCCAGGGUGGCUGGCGGGAGCGUAACCGCGAGCGCGACAAGGAGCGCGACUGGACCAGGGGCACCGGAAAAGCAGAGGAAGACCCCGAAUGGAUGGAUGCGCCGGUGCCGAAGAAGGAGAGCAAGGCUCACACCCAGGAAGACUUUCAACGCUGGAAGGAGCAGAUGAAGGCCAAGGAUACCCCGAUGGAAGAACGGGAGGAAUCGAAACCACCAGAGUUGCCAUCCUUUUUUGCAGACACCAUCUCGCAACAACCGCCCCAGUCUACAGGCACGCCAUCGGGCUUGGAGCCCAAUCUGGGAUCCAUGUUUGGUACUUGGAGCGCCAGCAUCAAGGCUGCAGAAUCAGCUCCCCUGGAACCUGCCACGGUCAAAGCCAAACCAGCCAAGGCAUCGCGGUUCAUGAACAUGUUUGCAAAGCCAGAAGAGUCUUCUACUUCUACUGCCGCAACUCCACCUCCUGCACCGUUACCAGCCUCGCCAGCGCCACCGCCGCCGACUGACAAGAAUGCCGAUCAAGAAGGCUUCCAGCGUAUCCUUCAGAUGCUCGGCGGAACAGGAAUCGGUUCCGCUCCUGCUCCUGCUCCUCCAUCAACCAUUCCUACGCCAUCGAAUGGCUUACGACUAGGCGGUGGCAUCUCUCUCGACCCUUACCAGUCGCCGCCGCCACCUCCGCUGGAGAUGCAAGAGCGUCGCGCGCAGCCUCAACAUAUGCCCUCGCGCUCUUCGUUGGAGACGCAGGCUCUGCUGGAGAAUAUCCUCGCGCCUCGACCGUCUGUCGACAGACAGCAAUCUCGAUUCAACAGCAUGUCGCCCGACAACAGCAUGUUCGAGCAGUUUGGGCUUCCGCGUCCAGAUUCUAGUCGACCUGACCAGCAAGCUCCGUCGCGCAACAACAAUAACAACAAUCCGCAAGAUCCUAACCUCGCUGCGCUGCUCAACAGUCGCUCACAGGUCAAUCGAGACAAGGGCAGCAGCGCCGAGCGUGACUUUUUGCUGAAUCUCAUGCAGCAGCCACGAAACACACCGCCACAGUUGAGCAACCAGAAUCUACCUCCCCAAAACAUGCCGUUCCUCGACCAAACCCGACAGCCACAAGGACCGUCUAAGGGCCGGGGGGGUCCUCCACCUGGCUUCAUCAACGAGCGCAUGGAUCCACGCAUGGAUGCCAUGUACAUGGAGAAUGAGCUUAUGCGCCAGGAGCAAGAACGCCGCAAUCAAGUCCGUGAGCUGCAACAACAGGAAGCUGCGCGACACAAGGGCGGGCGUGGCAUGCCUAUGGGAUUUCCAGACAAUGAGCGAGAUGUCAUGGCAAGCCUCCAGCGCCGUAACACGGCCGGCGAGAUUCCCCGUCAGAUGACAAACAUGGGCAUCCCAUCGCAGCACUUACCCGACCUACCCUACAUGGGCGGCGGCCGCCAACCAGGAAUGCCACCCACUCCCCAAGAAGGGCCCAACGUCCGCCCUCCGCCCGGCUUCAACGGACCCAUGCGCCAGCCUCCCGGUCUCAGUGGCCCUCCUCCGCAGCACCAAAUGGGUCCCGGACCAAGUUUUUCUGCAGGAAACACACCAAUGGGCCCACCGCCCGGCUUCAAUCCUGCAAACAACAUGCGCCCUAACAUGUUCCCGGGUGGCCCAGGAGGCCCCGGAGGACCUGGGAACGGCAUGCAAGGCCCACCGCAGGGCUACUUUCCCCCGCCGCAAGGUUAUGGACCUCCCAUGGGAAUGCGGGGCGAGGAUCCUAGGAUGAUGUUCGAACAGCAGCAGCAGCAGCAGUUUGGCGGACCUGGACCAAGGCAGCAGCAGCAGCAGCAAGGCCGUCCUCCAAACAUUGAUACGCGCUACGGAGAAAGCAAAGCGGACCCAAGCUGA